CCUAGAUGAUGACCUGGAUUCUUUUCGAGAUGUGAAGCAACAGGAGAGAGAAGAAGAGUUCAUCGGGGAUGAUCACAGAGUUAGUACCUCCAGAGUAAAGACGCAGUCUCAUAAAGAAAUAGGCAAAGGUAAGAGGAACAUUCCUGCUGGAACAGUCCUUCAGGCAGAACACUGCCAAGCGGGGGACCUGAACACCGGCCUUGUAGGAGCGCUGGUUCUCCGGCGGCUAUAGAUCCAUGAUCUGGAUUUUGGUGAGCCAUGUGGUGGCUGCUGUGCUGGUCCUUAAGCUAAAGGAGAAGAGGACGGUAAACCUGAUCAUUUUCCAGUAGAGUUUCUGCAUGCUCAGAACUGAUCGAAAGAACUUCAUAAUCAACUGAAUCGUUCUGAACUUUUUUUCACAUCAGUGUUUCUUAGGAAGUGGUAAGAUUGUGGUGGUAUGUGGCUGAGCCUUUAAUGCUCUAGGAGAGCAGCCUAAAGUCUGGCCUCCUCUGGCCCCGGCAGGCAGGUGCUGUGCAUGUACCUGGCUAAGGAUCCCAGCUUGGUGAGCAUUUCAGGAAGAGAGGCAGCCAGCGCUGCACAUGGCCACUCACUUCCUCGUCCUCCAUCCUCAUCGCCCUUCCUCUCAGCACGUGAGGAACACGGGAAAGGACUCUGCUGGGCUUGUGCUUCUUGCUCUGUGAUGGAUUUUCCACUGAACACAGUUGGAAAUUCAGGAUGAGCUGUCGAGAAGAAGAGUCGAGUGUUUAAAAGUUGACAACACUGAGGCACGUUUGGCUGGGGCUUGAUGAGAGAGGCCCAGCGCUGAGCAUCUUUCUCUUAAAGGGCCUUUGCUGAGCGAUCAAGGGGAAAAGUUUUUCCUUCAGCGUGUUCCUGUUUUUGAUCUUGGCUCCCCGGCCUGUCCAAGGUGGGGAGCAUGAAGCAGGCCCCUCCCCAGAGCAGGCUCCUCCUCAGCAGAGCCAGCGCAGCAGCAGUUGCCUGGCCACCUGAUUUGGCCUCGAAUUCCCGAAACUGGCCUGGCUGUCGUAGUGAUGGCAGUGACUCCCCUGGGAAACGUGUCGGCGCCCCAGGGGAGCGUGCCGGAGCCUCAGACCGGCAGGGCGUGCUUCCACUUCAGGUCAACCAGAUAUACGAGGAGCUGUUUCAGAUACACCAGAAACUGCAGUGUGAAACUGCAGCACAGCAGGAAUUUGCUGAGGAACUUCACAAGCGGGAACGUUUUCUGGUUGAAAGAGAACAGCUGCUUUUCAGACAUGAAGCUGCCUUGAGUAAAAUUAAAGGCGUCAAAGAAGAGGUUCUUACGAGAUUUCAGAUUAUCAAGGAACAACAUGAUGCAGAAGUUGAGCACUUAACUGAAGUUCUUAAGGAAAGAAAUAAAGAAAGCAAGAGGCUAAGGUCCUCUUUUGAUGCAUUGAAAGAGUUGAAUGAUAGCUUAAAAAAACAGUUACACGAAGUAAGCGAAGAAAACAGAAAGUUGGAGGUUCAGGCUAAAAGAGUUCAAGCUCGCUUAGAUAACUUACAGAGGAAGUAUGAGUUUAUGACCAUACAGAGAUUGAAAGGAAAUCCCCAUGCUGCUCAGGAAGUAAAGAGCUUAAAACAGGAGAAAGCACCAGUGUCAAAACCUUGUAAGGUACCACUUAAUGGACAAGUUUAUGAACUUUUAACGGUCUUCAUGGACUGGAUUUCAGAUCAUCACCUCAGCAAGCUGAAACAUGAAGAUUCUGGAAUGGAUGGUGAGAAGCCACAACUCACAUUUGCUUCUCAGAGAGAUGAUAUUCAGGAGAAGUGUGUGAAGCUUUUACCUGUGAUGACAGAGCAGCUGCAGUGGAUGCCCUUUGUGGGGGCCAAGCUUCACGAGCCUUUUGUCAAGUUCAUAUAUUGGUCUCUGAGGCAACUCGACGCUGGAGCACAGCAUUCGACUAUGACAUCAACAUUGAGGAGAUUAGGUGAAGAUAUAUUCAAAGGAGUGGUGACUAAAGGAAUUCAGGGUAAUUCUUCAGAACAUUCUGUGGAGAAUAAACCAAAGACAGCUGCUUUCUUUAAGAGCUCCAGUUUACCGUUGAGAUUUCCAUCAACUUUAAUUGUUCUCAAAACAGUCACUCAAGCUGAUCACUUGGCUCAGGCGUUUGAUUCCCUUUGUUUGGACUUGAAGACGGAUGAAGGAAAGAUCUUGUUUUUAGAGUAUCAAGCUGUUCCAGUAAUACUGAGCCAUCUAAAGAUUUCCAGCAAAGGACUCCUGUCCAAUGUCAUUGAUAGUCUGCUUCAGAUGACAGUGGAGUCUCGGUCAUCACAUGUGUCUCCAUCCCAGGGAGGAAAGGACCAGCCCAGUUUUCAUUGUCACCCCUGCAGCCUCCCUGUUCCCACCCAGGAGGUUGGGAGGGCACUCAGGCUGCUUACGUGGUGCCUUUUACAUUCAUCUGUGAGAGUUCUGUGGUCGGUGGGGUUCUUCUCUGGUUCUGGCACUGGUGUAACAGGCUCUUCAGCACCUGGUUUGGCCCAGGGUCCCUGCAGCCCUUCCUGGAGGCCUGCAGUACCUCACUCUUCUUCCGAACCUGCGCCAUGCUGCUCCGGGCCCCAAAGCUCGAGCUCCACAUUCUAGAGAAGCUCAGCAUCAUUCUCCA